UAAAAGAAAUCUAGUUUAGUGGGUUGGCCCUUUUUGGCAGCUUCGUGAAAAAUUAUGCAAUUUUGCGUUUAAUUUUUCCUUGGUAAAACAAAGCCGAAAAGUGGAUUUUUUUUUGCAUAAUCCAACAUUAAAACAUUGUUUCAAUGGAAAAUCAAUAAAAUAUCGACGAAAUUAUCAAACAACAAAAUUUUUUUACACCGAACAUCGAAAGAAUAAAAACUUCGUCGUCGAAGUUCCAUUGUGUGCUCGUUUUUUUUCUCUCUCUUUUCAUUUAUACAUUUGCAAUCGGUGUGAAGAGUGUCCAUUAAGUGUUUCCUUCAUUCCGUUUUGUUUGUUUCGUGCGUACGGUGUGUCGGUGUAUUAUUUCGCUGCGCAUAUAGUUGUGCUUGCUGAUGGUAAAAAUUCAAAGCAAGACCAAGAAAAAACCAACCAGUCUACACACACACACAUAAAUAUAGACAUAUACAUACGAAGAAAGAGAGAGAGGCACUCACAUACACAUACAUACAAACAAAGCCACCUAUACAGACAAAGAGAACGCAAGAGGUGCACAUACAACUACAUGAACUGUUCGGCCUGUAUCGUACGUCGCAUCGCAUUUUAUUGUAUUUUUGUGCAGUGUUGAAUUUAUUGUAUCCAUAGUAUUAUGGCUGCUGAAGUGUGUUGUUCCAUCAAAAUCAAAAACAAAUAUUAAAAUGGCUGCCGGGGCUGUAAUCAUUUUUGUAGUCGUCUCCUUUGUUUAGGGAUAAUACACAAAUACAGUCACAUAACUUGAUCAUUGCUUCUACCAAAUUUCGAGGCGAACGCAAAGAACGAAGCAAUCAAGAGAAUAAAUAGGCGAAGAAAAAAGAAGAGACGAAGAAGAAGAAAGAAGAAAAAAAACACAACCAAGAAACCUACACAAAAGCACGGCUCGGCUCGCACACAUUGAUAAAAAGUGGCACACAACAUUUUUUUAUUAUUAUUAUUUAUUAUUUUUUGUUGUUGUUGUUCUUGUUGUUGAAGUGUUCUUCUUUUUUUGUCGGAUUCGCUCGAAUAUUUCGCAUGUGUGAAUAUAUAUACAUAUAAUUAAAGUGUGUGUGUUCAUUGUAAAAUACAAUUAUUUUGAUACGAAUGUAAAGAAGUAAUCGGGCAGCCGAGUGAACCGAAAGAAAAAUUAACGCACACAAACAUUUUCGCUCGUACACACAAACACACGUAUACACAUUCUCUCAGCCAAAGUGUAUCUGAGUACAACAUCAAAAACCAAGAAAUUGAACAAGAAAAAGAAGAAGCAGUCACAAGGAGCAGCAGUGGCACGGGCAGCAAUUGUAGCAGCAGGAGAACGAGAAAUUUAUACACAUUUUUUUAUUUUAUUUCUAAUUAAAAUUGAAUUAUUCAGUUUGGUGUGUACAAAAAAUUGUCUGUUCUCUGGAAAUAAAUAUGCCGAGUGCAUCGUUUACAUCAUCAAAAUCGUAUGUGAGAAGAUCGCGACGAAAAGGUGCCAAUCGCAUUGCAUUGCCGUCAAGAACGUCUUCAGCUGAUCCGUGUGAACCAUGUCAAAAUUCUAUUCCAGGCCCAAAUGUUGGCUCUGCUCCAAGUGGAAGUUCCUCAGCUGCUGCACCAAAUCCAAAUAAUCCAGUAAUUCCGAAUAUAAGUACAUCACCAACUGCCACCUCGACAAAUCAUCAAUCGCCAUAUGAUUUGCGAAAAAAGUCGCCGACAUCAAAUCUGGAUAUUUGGAGUAGCGGGCCAUCAACAUCUGCCAGUAGCAAUAGCACGUAUCAAUAUCAAUCAUCCUCAUCAUCAACAUCAGCAGCAGCAACAACCUCCACAUCAACAUCCACAUCAACAUCAAAUUCAACGGCAACUGCAACAUCAACAUCCACCCAAUCAUCGUCGUCGUCAGCAUCCACCUCAUCACAACCAUGUGCAACGUCAAACGUUUGUUCCGUUGCAUUGGGACAUGCAUCAAGUAGCAGUAGUAGUAGCAGUAGCAGCAGCAGCAGUAGCAGUAGCAGUAGUAAUAAUAAUAACGAUCCAUGCAGCGUAUCAUUUUCCAGCAUUCCAUCAUCGAGUAGUUGCUAUUUAUUGCCAGCCCGAAAGCGACCGCGUCGUAUCUAUUCGGCUGGAAUUGAUACAACGGUCACAUCAGCUGCCCACUACUUGCAAUACGAAAUGCCCGACGAAGUUCUAUUAACGAUCUUUUCCUACUUGCUGGAGCAGGAUUUGUGUCGUUUGUCAUUAGUUUGUAAACGCUUCAAUACAAUUGCCAAUGAUACAGAGCUAUGGAAGCGACUGUAUCAAAAUGUCUACGAAUACGAUAUGCCAUUAUUUAAUCCCGAACCGUGCAAAUUCCAUUUUGUCAAAGCCGAAGAUUCCGAAUACGCAAAUCCAUGGAAAGAAAGUUUUCGACAACUAUAUCGUGGUGUCCAUGUACGGCCUGGUUAUCUAAAUAAACGAUAUAAGGGUAGAAAUAUUUGCUACUUUGAAAAUGUUCAAUCAGCAUUAGAUUAUGCCGAUGAACGAUCGUCAGCGAACAAUAAUUGCUCAAAUAACAAUUUAGCAUCAGCAAAUGCAUCAAAUAGUCUGGUUUGUGGUAAUGAAGAGGUCGCUGAAAAUCCGGGCAAUUUGAUAUUCCUACAUGGUGGCCAUUAUCGUGGUGAAUUCUUAGUGAUUGAUUCAGAUGUUGCGCUAAUUGGUGCAGCACCAGGCAAUGUUGCCGAAUCCAUAGUAUUAGAACGUGAAUCCGAAUCGACGGUUAUGUUUGUCGAAGGUGCAAAACAUGCUUAUGUUGGACAUAUGACAUUAAAAUUUUCACCGGAUGUUACAUCAACCGUUCCACAUCACAAGCAUUAUUGUCUCGAGGUUGGCGAAAAUUGUAGCCCAACUAUUGAUCAUUGCAUCAUUCGGAGCACAUCAGUCGUUGGCGCAGCUGUUUGUGUGAGCGGAGUCGGGGCAAAUCCAGUAAUACGUCACUGCGAUAUUAGCGAUUGUGAAAAUGUUGGCUUGUAUGUCACAGAUUAUGCUCAAGGAACAUACGAGCACAACGAAAUCAGCCGAAAUGCAUUGGCUGGCAUUUGGGUGAAGAAUUUUGCCAGUCCAAUUAUGCGAGAAAAUCACAUUCAUCACGGUCGCGACGUGGGCAUUUUCACAUUUGAUAAUGGCAUGGGAUAUUUCGAGAAAAACGACAUUCACAACAAUCGAAUCGCUGGUUUCGAAGUAAAAGCUGGAGCAAAUCCGACGGUUGUUAAAUGUGACAUCCAUCAUGGCCAAACAGGUGGCAUUUAUGUGCACGAAAACGGAUUAGGUCAAUUUAUAGAAAAUCGAAUUCAUUCCAAUAAUUUUGCAGGUGUUUGGAUAACAUCGAAUAGUAAUCCAACAAUUCGAAAAAAUGAAAUUUACAAUGGUCAUCAGGGCGGUGUAUACAUAUUUGGCGAAGGUCGUGGCCUAAUCGAACACAAUAAUAUUUACGGGAAUGCAUUGGCUGGCAUUCAAAUUCGAACGACAAGUGAUCCAAUCGUUCGGCAUAAUAAAAUUCAUCAUGGUCAACACGGUGGAAUUUAUGUGCAUGAAAAAGGUCAAGGAUUGAUCGAAGAAAAUGAAGUGUAUGCAAAUACAUUGGCCGGUGUAUGGAUAACAACGGGCAGUACACCGGUAUUGCGACGCAAUCGAAUACAUUCGGGAAAACAAGUUGGCGUUUAUUUCUAUGACAAUGGCCAUGGAAAAUUAGAGGAUAACGAUAUAUUUAAUCAUCUGUAUUCAGGUGUACAAAUUCGAACUGGUAGCAAUCCAGUGAUUAGAGGCAAUAAAAUCUGGGGUGGCCAAAAUGGUGGCGUCUUAGUUUACAAUGGUGGUCUCGGUUUACUUGAACAAAAUGAAAUCUUUGACAAUGCAAUGGCCGGCGUUUGGAUAAAAACCGAUUCGAAUCCAACAUUAAAACGCAAUAAAAUUUAUGAUGGACGUGAUGGUGGCAUUUGUAUAUUUAAUGGUGGUAAAGGUAUUCUCGAAGAGAAUGACAUUUUUAGAAAUACACAGGCUGGUGUACUGAUAUCGACACAAAGCCAUCCGAUACUACGACGAAAUCGAAUAUUCGAUGGUUUGGCAGCUGGUGUUGAAAUUACCAAUAACGCAACGGCCACACUGGAAUUUAAUCAGAUAUUCAAUAAUAAAUUUGGCGGACUGUGUUUGGCCAGCGGUGUACAGCCUAUUGUUCGUGGCAAUAAAAUAUUUAAUAAUCAAGACGAAGUCGAAAAGGCCGUUUCCGGCGGACAAUGUUUAUACAAAAUCUCUAGCUACACAUCGUUUCCCAUGCAUGAUUUCUAUCGAUGUCAAACGUGUAACACCACCGAUCGCAAUGCCAUUUGUGUAAAUUGUAUUAAAACAUGCCAUGCUGGUCAUGAUGUCGAAUUCAUCCGCCAUGAUAGAUUCUUUUGCGACUGUGGCGCUGGAACACUCACAAAUCAGUGUCAGUUGCAAGGUGAACCAACACAAGAUACUGACACACUAUACGAUUCGGCUGCUCCAAUGGAGUCACACACAUUGAUGGUGAACUAGGGUCUUCUAUUGAUCGUAAUGCUGUGUUAAACAAAACAAAAACUAAACAAAAGAAAAAUCUAAAAAAAAUAACAAAAAUGUUAGGAUAAAAUGAAAUAGUAUUAUUAUUGUUAAAUCGAAGGCAAUGUGUAAAUGAAAUCGGAUAAAAUGGAUUACUAAAUCAACAAAAAAAACACACACAACCACAAUACACAACAAAUCAACAAACUAAAAAAAUACGAUUAAAAAUCAUAUGACACAAUUACUACAGCAAGCAUUUAGUGGGUAAUUUAAGCGAUACUCGAAACAACAAUAACACAAUAAAAUCAAGUAUAACAAAAUGAAUCGUUUAACGAAGCAAAAGAAAAAAUUAUAUGAGUAUUGAAUGGAAAACGAACUGAACAUUUGCCGAAAAUGUAUUUUUUUCGUUGGUUAAAAUCACGUUUAAACAGUAAGAGUGUGUUACAAUUUUCUCUUCUUGUCUGAAUAUCUAUCGAAUAUUACAACCAAAACAAUUACACGUAUUUAUAGGGAAUGAACAUUAUGGCACAUUAACAAACACACAGUUACAAAAGGCAAAUUUAAAACAAGAAAAAACAACAUGCGUAAAUCAAGAAAACACACACAAACAAACAAAAAAAAAAUCAACCAUUUCCAUUAAAGUGCGCAGCAAUAAGUAUCCUCUUUGCACGAUUUUCCUUUUGCAAAGGCAAACUGUUAUUUUUUUAAGUAUUAGCAUAAAUUUGAUAGCAGCAUUGCAGAAGAAAGAAAAAACUAACAAAAAAGGUCUAUCUGGUCAUAAGUGAUGAUGACGAUAAACCAAGCAUCAAAAAAGCAACGGAUUAAAAAAAAUGAUGAAUGAAACAGACUGAAUUAAGAAAAAACACACAAAAUGAGAAAUAAUCUUAAAUAAAAUGGUAAUUUUUGAAAAAAAUUACGCUAAAAAUCGUCUAGUAAUUAAUUUAUAGGCAAGCAAAGUUUAAAAAAAAUACUCGCCAACGAUUCUCUCUUGUAACCAGAGAACCCAGGGUGUGUCUUCUUUUUCCAUUGAAACGAGAAUAAAAAAAUUAUCUUAUCCAAUUUGAACUAAAUUAAGAAAGGGCAAAAAACCUAAAUCAGAUACAUGCUAUCAAAAAUCAUCAUUUUAAAAGUGAACUUUUGAAGAAAAAAAAAAAAUUAACAAUAUUUAUUUAUAUGCGUGUAAAUUUUCUUUACUCCGGCAGAUUGAAUUUGAUUUAGUGUUCAUUUCAUUUGUUUUUGUACACUAUAUUUUUAGGCUUUGAAUUGACGAGUGAUUUAUUGUGCUGGAGUAACAUUUAAAAUUGAAAAUAACUAGUAAUUGAAGUGCAAACAGGAUGAGGUUUUAGGUUUUUUUUCUUCGUCGAACUAUUAUGCUACAAAAACUGAGAAAAUUGUACACUUUUUGUAAAAAUUGAAAUGAUGAGAGAUGGUUGUAUGUGCUACAAAACACACUUUCAGAUCUCUCGAGAAUUAUUCUUUCAUUUCGCUCUCACCAUUUCAGUUGUGUAUGUUUGAUAUUUGUUUCGAAGAUUUCUUUGAAUAUAUAUAUAGAUUUUUUUUACAGUUUUGUAGACAAUAAUCCGUGCCACUUGUGCGCCCAUUUAAAACAAAUUUAAAAACGAAAAUUAUGCAAAUUGAAUCAAACAUCAUCAGUUCUUCACUGUAUAACUGAAAACUAUAUUAUUAUUAUUAUUUUUUUCUAUUUUCAAUUUUAAUUAUGUUCUGUUUUUUAGUUGUUAAUAUUUUCUCAUUGUAAUAAGAAUAUCAUGCGAAUGAAAAUGUAAACAUGGUUUUGAUCGUCAAUGUUUUCCAAUCUAAUGGUGUAGCAUUUUUCCAAUUUUACCUUUAAAUAUUAUCGAAUGAAAGCACGAAGAAGAAACGAUAAGCAAGAAUUUAAACAAAAGUAAAAAAAAAACUAAUUAAAUAAAAACCUAACUAACGAGAAGUGCGCAAUGGUGCACUUAAAAAAAUCACCUCUAAACAGAAAAUCUUUAAAUGUAAUUUUUUUUUGAAUAAUAAUAAAUAAAUUACACACAGUACAUAUAGACGCAAGUAUAGGGAAAUAGAUAAAUAUGAAAUGAAACACACUCACAAAACCACAUACACACAAGAUAUCAUCAUCCAUUUAAAUAAAUCAAAUUUUCAUAAUGAAUGUGUAAUAAUCGGGAAUUAAAAAUUCGAAAUCACAAUCGAAAUGAAGAUUUUAUAAAAUAAACAUUGGUAUUUUUGUUUCUUUUUUUUACUCUCAUUGUCCCCUUCUCUUUUCCGUUUAAGUGAAAUUAAGCCAGUUACUUAAAAUUGAUUAAAAUCAAUAAUUAAAAAAAAUCAUCGCUUUUUCAUUUAUAAUUCCACUAUUCCCAACGAAAAAUUUCUCGCUCAAAUUAUAAAAAUUAAUGUCUCAAUAAUAACAACAACAAUAAUAAAUUAAAAUUGCAUUGUAAAUAUGGCACUCAUUCACUUUUGGUCGAUUUGUAUAAAUCACGAAUUAUUUUAAUGAAUUUGAUAAUAAACUCAAUGUUUAAACUUUCAACACACACACACUCAAAUAAUUCACAACACAAAAAGAAACAUACUCAAUUUUAUUUCGAACAAAUUGAACACUCUUUUUGUAAAUAAUAUGGAAGGUAAUUCAUUUGUAAGUUAUAUUCAAACAAAAGGGACAACAAUGACACACAGCGUUAUAGAAGAUUUGCAGAGAUAACAAAAAAAAAAAAAAAUAACUAUCGGUGUGCUUCUAAUCCAAUAUAAUGAUAUGCUACAGCAGUAUAACUGUUUCUUCUUUGUUUUUCAUUAGUUCAUUCAAUGUUUUGUCAUAUAAAUGCAACGUAACGCAAAUUUUACGACCAAUAAAUGGUAGCUAACUAUUUAGAGCAUUUAAUCCUUCUUAUGCUCUGAAUAAUUUAACUAAAAAAACAACAAAAUAUAUAAAUAUAUAUUGGAGCUAAAAUUAUCCACGCGAAAUAAAUAUUAUGAAUGAAAUGUUCGAUAACGAGAGAAGAAAAAAUGCGAUUUGAUUUAAACAAAAACAAAACAAUAUCAAUUAUACGAUAACAUUAAAAGUUUAUCAGCAUGUAAACAACAAAAAAAAAUAAACUUCUUUUAUCAUUCUGAUGUACUUCUAAUAUCUAAUGCGAAUUUUGUUUAUCCAAUAAAACACAGAAUAAACAUAAAAAAAGUAUUGACAGAUGAAUGUAUUUAGACGUUUGCACCGAAAAAGAAACAAACAGACACAAAAAAUGCAAUAUAAAAUAAAUUUACAUCACCCAUGAAUGAAUGAUAUUACUUUGUAUUGAAAAAUGUGAACAUAAAUGACAAUUUUAUCAAAUG